CGUCAAGCAGUAGGUCCGAGCUUCAAGAUAGUUGUUAAUUUUAAUUGACCUAUUGGUCGCGUUGGGGAGAGCAGCUGUGUCGUAUCAUCUUCUUCUUCGUUUUCUUCUUCCUCCUCAUCAUUUCCCUCUACUCGUGUCUUUCGAGGCCGUCCUCCUUCCCUUUGCUCUGGGUAGCUGCGUGCAUGAAUGGAAGGUAUAACUGUGGUUGGAGUCGUCAUGUGCUAAAUUUAUUGUUUAUUGCGUGGGCUGAGAUCGUUUCUGUAUCCCAGAAGGAGGAGGCCACAAAAAAAAAAAGAGGAGGAGACGGAGUAGGAGAGUAUAAAGAGAAGAGGAUGAGGGUGCAAGGAAAAGACAACGGUAGCACAAGCACAAGCAGAGGGGGACAAGUACAAGCAGGAGCAGCAGGAGGAGCAGCAGCAGAAGAGGUGUAAGAAUCAUUAAGGAGGAGGAGGAGACACAGAAGGAGAGGAUAAAGAGAAGAGGAUGAGCAGCAGCAGCAGCAGCAGCAGAAGAAGAAGAAGAGGUGUCAGGAUCAUUAAGAAGGAGGAGACAGAGAAGGAGAGGAUAAAGAGAAGAGGAUGAGGGGUGGAAGAGAAGAGAACGGAAACACACGCACACAAGGAUAAGCAGAGGGGGACAAGCACAAGCAGGAGCAGCCGGAGCAGCCGGAGCAGCGGCAGCAGAAGAAGUAUACCAAUCAUUCCGAAGUCAUAAGAAGAAGAAGAAGAAGAAGAAGAAGAAGACGACGAAGGGUUCCUAGUUGGAGCGAUGGCUACACAGGCGGCGAUAAUUAUUGUUGUCGUUCUAGUGGUGUUGUCGCUCUUGGCGGUGGCAUCACGGCUGCUGGCUGCGAGGGGAGGCUGGGGGAUACGGCGGGCGUUGCCCAACACAGGAUCGAUCUACGAGAGGCAUUUGAUGGGUAAUGGAGGAGAGGGGACCUCGCGGGACAACGUCUUGAUGGCCGGAGCGUGGGCGGUGGAUAUCACCCCUUCCGAGAGCGUGUACUUGGCAGGAUACGCACCCAAUAGGAGAAGCGAGGGUGUCAGCGAUCGGUUAUGGGUCAGGGCGUUGGUGCUGCAGUGCUCACGGGGUUCAGCAGCUGGAGAGCAGUGUGACAGGGACAGCUCGACAACACUGUCACACAACCAGUGGCACGCCACAGCUGCUAAGUCCGUCUUUUCCGAGGCGGAUGGCUGUGGUGAUGGCUCAUUAGGCAGAGGCGGAGCGGAGGAGGAGGAGGGAGGACUCGGAGGAAGCAGCGAGGGUGCAGCCCAUGCAACGGUUGGCGUCCAAUCGCCGCUGAAAGGAGUCGUAGCACUCAGAAAAAGCGGCGAGGAGGCGAAAGGAGAAGUGCCACGAACAGAGAAACCGGCGGCAGGGUCUUAUAAGAAAGGCGAAGAGAAUCAUGGGAAUAGGAGGGAGGGAGAGGGAGAAGAGAGGACAGAAGCCGAGGAUGACGUUUGCAGCAGCCUCCCAGUGAAGACUAAUCGUGUUGUGAUCUUGGCCGUUGAUUGCAUUGGCAUCCAAGGCGAUGAAAUGGACUCCUUGAAAAUGGCCAUUGAGGGGAUGGUGGAUGCAAAGCAUGCGAUAGUGGCAAGCACGCACACUCACAGUGGCCCUGAUACUCUGGGCUUAUGGGGAAAGCCGCCGUUUCGAUGUGGGAUAGACCGGGACUACAUGUCGAGAGUCUACGUGGCAGCCGCUGAGGCUGUCCAGCGUGCCAUAGAGAACGUCAAGCCGGCUGAGCUGGCGUCCUGCCGGGCCUAUGUGGAUGUCCCUAUGCUGACGAAUCUCAGGCGAGAGGGGAUGAUAGACCAGGAGAUGAACAUAUUACACGUCCAGGAGGCAGGGGGAGGGCCAGGGAUCUGUACAGUGAUGGAGGUGGCUUGUCACCCCGAGCUCAUGCCGUCGACUGGGCGACUGAUCUCGUCAGAUUUCCCAAACUGGGUGAGAGAGAAGGUGGAGGGUGAGAUGGGAGGGUGUGCGAUCUUCGUGGCCGGGGCACUAGGAGGGCUGGUGACGCCCUCUCUCCCUCCUGAGGCGGCGGCGGCGGCGGCGACUGCGGCGGCUACUAAGGGGGGAAAAGGGGGGACCACGUGGAACCCACCAGCACAUGCUCUUCAGGAACCAGACGGGAUUCAGAAGUCGUCCGACCAAUCAAUCGACAGCCAUCGCGAUCGGGACCCACAUAAGACUGUCGGCGGUUGCGAUCGGGACCCACAUAAGACUGUCGGCGGUCGGGAUCGGGACCCACAUAAGACUGUCGGCGGUGGGGAUCGGGACCCACAUAAGACUGUCGACGACGGCGAUAUCGAUAAGGAGGAUAAGGCAAGCAACGCCUCAGGCUGUUGUGGCCAGGAGGAUGCCGACAUGUCCUCCUGCUAUCAGGGAGUGCCAGGUGACAUAAUUGGGGGUAAUAAGGAGGGGGACCGCGCCGCCGCCGCCGCCGCCGUGGAAAUGGGGAGAACCACCUCUCCUUGGAGCAGCGCUGCAGCAUUCGGCAACAUCCUGGGCGACAAGGUUGUGCAGGCUCUUCGCUCUCUCGAGGACAGCGAGGGCAAUCCAUACAAUCGACGGCCAGAACUGUCCAUCUGGCACAUGCCAGUGGCUGUCUAUUCCUCAAACAUGAACUAUUUCUUGGGCAGACUGCUCGGUCUCUUGCAUCGGAGCAAGUUCUAUGGGUCCUCCUGGAUUCAGAGGCUACCUAUCUGGCCCCUUGGGUACUUUGUGACGACUGUCUCUGUACUGGAUGUAGGUACACUGUGUGCAGUGACCGUGCCCGGGGAGAUUUCUCCCUGUCUUAGCCUUCGAAUAAAACACACGGUCAGAACCGCUGGAUUAGUGCCACGUGUCAUGCUCAUAGGGCUGGCCAACGAUGAGCUGGGAUACAUUCUGCCGUACGACUUGUACGAUCUGCCGUUGUUCAAGUACGAAAAAAAAUUGUGUUGUGACUCUAGGACGGGGACCACAGUCCUGGAAGCUCUUGCCGACAUAGCUCUUCGGAUGGGACAACGAAAAGAACUCCUCUGCAGAAUCUGUCACCAAGUUGCAAGUUAAAAAAAAAAAGAAAAAAAAAAGGGCAAAUGUCAGAUAUGAAAACGAAUGUUAUGUUUUUUUUUUUUUUUUUUUUUUUUUUCCCGAGCUGGAGCUAGGGGGGUUUUGUUUUAAUAAGGGCAUACUCACACUACCGGUAGGUCUAUUCUACUCGUAUCUGGACUAAACUGAGACCAGAUACAUCC